GCGCACUUCCUCAGCACAGCCAGACAAGACACGCGCGACCCGGAAGGCCUUCCCGCCACACUCCAGAGCGGGAUUGAGGGGCGUCGAUGGCGGAGGGAGCGGCGGAGGCCCCUCCAGAGAAUGGCGGUGGCUGUGACUCAGGAACCGGCGCGUUGGAACGGGGAGUGGCGCCCAUUAAGCCUCAAUACCUCACCACCAAGGAGCAGUUUCACGAAUUCCUGGAAACUAACGGCCAGAAGCCUUGCCUGGAAACUGAGGUAGGAGACCCUGGUGGCAAUGACCUGGCUGAGCCUGAGGCUAAGCGUAUCCGACUGGAGGAUGGACAGUCGGCAGAAGGACAGACGGAGGAUGGGCAGACGGAGGACGGGCAGACGGAGGAGACAGCAGAGCCCCGGGAGCAGCAGCAGACUCAGAAGAGGGCCCGGGGCCAGAACAAGGGCCGGACCCAUGUGAAACCCACCCACUACGACAAGAACAGGUUGUGCCCCUCCCUGAUCCAGGAGUCAGCCGCUAAGUGUUUCUUCGGGGAUCGCUGCCGCUUCCUGCAUGACGUGGGAUGCUACCUGGAGACCAAGCCGGCCGACCUGGGCCCCCGCUGUGUGCUCUUCGAGACCUUCGGCCGCUGCCCCUACGGCGUGACCUGCCGCUUCGCUGGGGCCCAUCUGGGGCCCGAGGGCCAGAACCUGGUGCGGGAGGAGUUGGCAGCUCGCUGUGCCCAGCCCGCGCCCGUCCGCAAUGGCCUGGACAAGGACCUACAGCAGCGGCUGCGGAAGCGCCAGGUCCGCUUCGAGCGAGCUGAGCAGGCUCUGCGCCAGUUAAGCCAGGGCCGGCCCCCUGGCCCCGCACCUGCUGCCACUGUCCCCGAGGGCGCAGCAGCCGAGGGUGCUCCAAGCCAGGACGACUGUGGCGCCCAGCAGGCCCCCGCAGGGCCAGGCGCUGGCUCCCCUCCCAGCGGCCCCGUGCGGACCUGCGGGCCCCUGACGGACGAGGACAUGGUCAGGCUGCGGCCCUGUGAGAAGAAGCGGCUGGACAUCCGUGGCAAACUGUACCUGGCCCCCCUCACCACGUGUGGGAACCUGCCCUUCCGGCGGAUCUGCAAACGCUUCGGGGCGGACGUGACAUGCGGAGAGAUGGCCGUCUGCACCAACCUGCUACAGGGCCAGAUGUCCGAGUGGGCCCUGCUCAAACGCCACCAGUGCGAGGACGUCUUUGGUGUCCAGCUAGAGGGCGCCUUCCCUGACACCAUGACCAAGUGUGCCGAGCUGCUGAACCGCACCGUGGAGGUGGACUUCGUGGACAUCAACGUCGGCUGCCCCAUCGACCUCGUGUACAAGAAGGGUGGGGGCUGUGCCCUCAUGAAUCGCGUGGCCAAGUUCCAGCAGAUUGUCCGUGGCAUGAACCAGGUGCUGGACGUGCCACUGACUGUGAAGAUCCGCACAGGCGUCCAGGAGCGCGUGAACCUGGCGCACCGCCUGCUGCCCGAGCUUCGGGACUGGGGCGUGGCACUUGUCACGCUCCACGGCCGCUCUCGGGAGCAGCGCUACACCAAGCUGGCUGACUGGGAGUACAUUGAGCAGUGCGUGAAGGCCGCCAGCCCCAUGCCCCUGUUCGGAAACGGGGACAUCUUGUCAUUUGAGGAUGCCAACCACGCCAUGCAGACUGGUGUCGCCGGGGUCAUGAUUGCCCGGGGCGCCCUCCUCAAGCCGUGGCUGUUCACGGAGAUCAAGGAGCAGCGGCACUGGGACAUCUCGUCGUCCGAGCGCCUGGACAUCCUGCGGGACUUCACCAACUACGGCCUGGAGCACUGGGGCUCGGACACGCAGGGCGUGGAGAAGACCCGGCGCUUCCUGCUCCAGUGGCUCUCCUUCCUGUGCCGGUACGUGCCUGUGGGGCUGCUGGAGCGGCUCCCGCAGAGGAUCAAUGAGCGGCCGCCCUACUACCUGGGCCGAGACUACCUGGAGACGCUGAUGGCCAGCCAGAAGGCAGAUGACUGGAUCCGUAUCAGCGAGAUGCUCCUUGGGCCGGUGCCCCCCAACUUCACCUUCUUGCCGAAGCACAAGGCCAAUGCCUACAAGUAGCCUCGGGGGCUUCCCCAGGGGUACCCUGGUGGGAGAAGAGGACAAUAAAUUUUAUUCUUUUAAAAUCAA